AUGAAGACCAUUCCGUACGCUACGCUGUUGAUGGCUCUUGCCUACUUCGCGAAUGCGUUACCUCAGACGCCUGGAGAAGGUUGCGACUCCGUUGCGAUUUGUAAUGAUGUUUGCGGCAAGCAAGGAAUGGUGAGUAGUAUUUAUCAAGCCUUCUUGGCGUUUCUACUCUUCGUAGGUGUCAAUCCUGAUUAUGAGGCCUACAGAAACGUGGCGGAUCCUCGUGUAAAGGGAACAACUCGGCCAAUUGCGUCUGUGUUCCUAAGUGAUCAUGACACCAUGAUAGACAUGCAUUUGCCUAUUGCAAGAAAUUUGGAUCCGGAGUAUAGCACAUUACUUUUGUUUAAAUUCUGUAUUAAGAUUGUUCAGCGUUAG